AUGAAGCCGGGAGACGGUAGUCCCAGGGCGGCCCCAGAGGCCGAGCCGGGCGACGUGCCCCUGGUUCUGCCGCGGCCCUGGGCCUGUCCGGCUGACGUGCGGCUCUGCGGCCAUCUUCGGAAGCAGAAGUCCCAGCGCCUCCGCUUCUUCGUGCUGCGCGCGGACCCGCCGAGCCUAGAGUGCUACGAGAGCGAGAAGAAAUUCCGUGCCGGCCGAGCGCCGCCCAAGCUCAGCGUGAGCUUGGCGGGCGCGUGCACCAUCAGCACGCGCGUGGACGCGCGCCAGCGCCACCUGAUCGUCCUGUACACGCGUGACCGCAGCCUGGGUGUGGCGGCGGCCUGCGAGGCGGAGCAGCAGGCGUGGUAUAGCGCCCUGCUCGAGGUGCGCGCAGCCGCGGGUGAGGCUGGAGCCCUGGGUCCCAGCUUUCAGGAGGACCCCAGGGCCUGGAUCCUCGCUCCAUUUCAGGACGUCUGGCCUGUGACGCUGCAGCCCAAGGGACUGGGGCGGACACGAGGCCUGGGCAGCGGCCGCUAUCGCCUGUGCCUGGGUUCGGGGGUGCUGAGCCUGCUACGGAAGCCCAAGGGCAGAGGCUCUGGAAGCACCCAGACUUCGCAGCCGCCUGCCCUGCGCCUGUCCCUGCUCAGCGUGCGCCGCUGUGGCCACGCAGACUCUUUCUUUUUCCUGGAACUCGGCCGCUCGGCACCCACGGGUCCUGGGGAGCUGUGGCUACAGGCGCCCGACGCCGUGGUGGCCCAAAGCAUUCACGAGACCGUACUGGCCGCCAUGAAGCAACUCGGGGAUGAUGGUACCAGUGGCAGGGCUGAGCCACUGCCAAGGGCUAUGAGCGUUUAUAGACCCUCUGUCUCCCAACCUUAUGCGACCCUAGCCUCGGCAGCCCAAUCAAGCGGUCUGAGCCAUCGCGGGGUCGUGGGUGAGAGGAUAGAGAAAGCAACCCCUGAGACCCUAGCGACGCUGGCAGCCUUGCACCCCGGAGAACUGGAACAGGGCGGGGGCUAUGUAGCCAUGGGAGCCAGGAGCGACUAUGAGCCCAUGGGGGGUGGCGAAGCAGGUGGCUACAUGGUGAUGGCGCCCCCGGGCCUUGCGGCCUCUGUCCACACCCCUCCGCACAAGCAGCUCCGUGGCUGCAGGGGCACUGAAUAUGUGCCCAUGACCCACUUUCUGCCAGGGUCCUUUCCCUCGAGUUCCCUGCCUGGUUCCUAUAAGCCCGGGCCCAGGAGGCAGGGACCUUCCUUUCAAGGGCCCCCUCCCGGGGUGGGGGAAUGUUGGGGACUGGCAGGGGCUCAUCCCUGCUUGCAGUCACCUUCAGAGCUAGCAGGAGAGUACGUGUGCAUCAAGUACGUGGCCCAGGACUACUUGGGAAUGGGCUCUGCCAUACAAGACCCGGCUAACAGCCACCUCAACUACAUAGACCUAGACCUGGUGCCUCCACUGGAGGCUCAAGGCGACGCCCCAGGGUCCGGCAUUCACCGCCCAUACAGCUAUGCCCGCAUCGAGUUCCAGAACCUCAGGGAGGUUCCAGUGAGGAGACCCGGGCAGCCCCGUACGGUCUAGCUUACCUAUGGAUGAGGAGGGGAGAGAAAACAGAGCAAAUGCCUCCCUGCUGGUUCCCCUCAACUCCUCCCCUCACCAUUCCCAAGGUAGAGAGGCUCUCAGGUCCCCCUGGACCUGUGACUUGCAGAAAGCUCUGAGCUGCCCUUUACAGCCUCCUGCCCACUCUGCCCCUUCCAGAUGUGGUGCCUGGGAAAUCUUCAGGAAAAGGUCCCCAAGAAGCGGGAUUCUUUUAAGGGAGAAAAUUCUAGAACCACCCUCCCUUCUUGCCACCCACAAACCCCCAGCAAAGCCCUGAACCUUUCUCUCCUGGCAGAGUUCCUGAAGCAUCACUCCAGACUCCCAGGCCGGUCUUGGCCCCCCUCCCCGUCUCUGAUGACUUCUCUCACAUGGACCUGCUCCUCCCUACCUGCCUUGUGGGCCUGCUUUGUGUCUCCUCCCAGCCAAAGAAAUAAGCCCCAGCCCCAGAGCUCAACUCCCAAGACCCCAAGCAAGAGGGCUGAAAGCACCAGGUACUUUACCUCUACUGCUUCCCACAAGUGCUGUGCCACCCCCUUACUCCCUGAUUUCCCUCUCCCAGCACCAGCCACGUGUUCACACAAUCCUCCCUUCCAUAGAGCCUGGCAGAGCUGAUAGAGUUCUUGUUUCCAUAUACUGUGGACUGUACUGUGGAUCCCACACACC